AUGGCGUCGGUGAGAAAGCGGAAGAUGGCCAGAUCCCUGGUCAAAAAGAACACUAAAAGAGUCAAGGAUAAACAGAGAAACAUCAAAAUGAAUGCUCAUCCUGUCAUGAAGGAGCACUGGGACAACAACCUCACAUUGAAGCAGAAUUACAAGAAUCUUGGAUUGACGCUUCGUUUGACCAAUCCAGCAGGAGGUGGGGAGGCCAAAAUCCAGACUUUGACCGAGUACAGAAAGGAGAAGGAGGAGGCCGAAGCCAGACAAAAAAUCGAGCCUUCCGCUAUUGAAAAUGAAACUGAUCCAGCUAAGAUUCCUGAGGGUGAGGCCAGAUUGAUCAGAGACCCUGAGACCAACGAGGUGGUUCAGAUUAUCUACGGUACCAUGAAGGUCCAAAAAUUGGAAGAGGACGCUCCAAAGGUGUCGAUUAUUAACGAGUUGACGAAAUACACCCAAGAACAUGCCGGUAUAAUCAGAGCCAAGAAACUCUCUCCAAGAGAAGAAGAGUGGAUCAGCAAGUUACAUGCCAAGUAUGGCGAGGACUACAAGAAGAUGCUGUGGGACCCGAAAUUGAACCCUACGUUCUUGAGCAGUGGUCAGUUAAAGAAGAAAGUGGCAUUGUGGAAAUCCACCGUUAAUUAG